AUGGCCGGUUCGCGACGCCGCCGCCAACUCCAGCGGCAGAGGGAGAGGCAGCUGGCCGCCGCCGCCACCGCCGCAGCUGCCCCUGCCCCAGCUGGCCAGUUCCAGGUCCAACACCUCCCGUCCGAUCUGCUGUCCGAGAUCCACCACCGCCUCGCCUUCCUCACGCGCCUCGCCUUCGCCUCCGUCUGCGCCGCGUCGGGGCACCGCUUGAAGCCGGAGACGCCGUGGCUCAUCCUCCCUGCGGAGAACGAGGUCCUGUCCCUGGCCGACGGGGAGUCCGCCACCGUGCGCACCUCUGACGUCGCUAUGCGCGGCCACGUCGCCAUCGGCUCCUCGGGCGGGUGGCUCGUGACGGCCGACGACCGGGGCGCCCUGCGCAUGACCAACCCGGCCACGGGCGCGCACGCCGACCUGCCGGCCAUCACCACCAUCCCGUUCAUCCACCCGGUCUCCGGCGGCCACUGGUUCUGCCUCCACGUGGAACCCUUCCUUCAGGUCCGCUUCGGAGGCCAACCCCCACCCCCGACGACGGAACGCAGAGACGACUUUUCGAGGGGGAGGACGUACACGGUCACGGCCGCCCAGAUGCGACAGGUGUUCUACCGCAAGGUCGUCCUCUCGGAAUCGCCGCGCCCGAACAGCUACGCCGCCAUGCUCAUCAUGGACCGGUGCACCGGCGCCCCGGCCUUCGCGACGGCGGAGGACCCCUCGUGGAGGAUGGCGCGCUCCCCCGACGCCGUCGAGGACGCCAUACACCACGACGGCCGCUUCCUGUCCAUCACCUACACCGGCCGCGUCGAGGCGUGGCAGCGCGACGCCGUGACCGGCGAGUUCACCAGCGGUGAGGUCGCGCCGAGGCUGGCUUACGAGGACAAGCACCUGCGCCGCAAGUACCUCGCGGCGUCGACGGAGGGGCGGCUGAUGGCCGUGCUCAAGCACGCUAAGGAGGAAGAUAAUGACGAUCGCUACUCCAGGGGCAAGCGCACUCGCGUUUUCUUCAAGGUCCAGAUACUGGACCGCGUCAAGGGCCGGUGGGAGGAGGAGGCGGACAUCGGCGACACCGCGCUCUUCGUCGGCGUCAACGGGUCGCUGUGCCUGUCGACGAGGAAUCACCAGGGCAUCAGGCCUGGCUGCGUCUACUUCACCGACGACGAGGUCGGGGCUUUCUGCCUGAAGAAAGCCAACUGCCAGGAGAGAUCCUAUUCCUACGGCCAAGCCGACGACCCCGAGCUCAGAGACGUUGGCCUCUAUAACCUAAAGGCCGGCAGGGUAGAGACUAUACCCGCGCUCGGCGAGCAUCAGCUAUGGCCGCCGCCGGCGUGGUUCACGCCUUCCUUCCUGUGA